AUGGCUGAUGAUGCCAUGAUUCUGCGACUUGAGAACACAGCGCGUCAGUUCGAGGAGCUCACGAGCCAGCUCGGAGAUCCCUCCCUCGCAAACGAUCCUACCGAGCUCCUUCGCGUCACGAAGAAAAGAGCUUCGUUGGAAGAUAUUGUCACCUGCUUCAAUGAUUGGAAGACGUCAAAUGAAGAGCUCGAAGGCGCCAAUCUUCUCUUUCAAGAUGCGGGUGAUGAUCCUGAGCUGCGUGAAAUGGCGAGGGAGGAAAUCAAAACACUCGAAGCGAAAAUCCAAGAGCUUGAGGAACAGCUCAAGGUGCUGAUGUUGCCAAAGGAUCCGAACGACGAACGUGAUGUCAUGCUCGAGAUCCGAGCAGGAACAGGAGGAGAUGAGGCAGCUAUCUGGGCGAGGGACUUGCUUGAGGUUUACACACGAUAUGCCAAGACACAGUCAUGGACGACGUCAAUGGUUGAUGAGAGCGAGUCGACUUUCAUCCUGCAAGUGAAGGGCGACAGCGUGUACAGCAAGCUCAAGUACGAGGCAGGAGUGCACAGGGUGCAGAGAGUCCCAGCGACUGAGACGCAGGGGAGAGUUCACACAUCAACGGCGACUGUUGCGAUCAUGCCGGAGGUCGACGAGGUCACUGUGAAGAUUGAUGCAAAGGACAUCUCCCUCACCACUGCUCGCUCGAGUGGAGCUGGAGGACAGAACGUGAACAAAGUGGAGAGUGCGGUAGAUCUGGUUCACAUCCCGACUGGGAUUCGUGUUUUUUGCCAACAGGAAAGAUCGCAGCUCAAGAACAAGGAGGUCGCGAUGCAGAUUCUGCGAAACAAGCUCUAUGAGCUCCAGAUGGAAGAGCAGAUGUCUGAGAUCUCCAAGCAGAGAAAGGAUCAGGUCGGAACCGGAUCCAGGAGCGAGAAGAUCCGCACGUACAACUGGAAGGAUGGCCGAUGCUCGGACCACAGGUUGAACAAGAACUUUCCCCUCCAGCAGUUUCUCUCCGGCGAUCUUGAGUCCAUCAUCCAAGAGUGCAUCUUCAAGGAUCAGCAGCAGAAGCUCGCCGACAUGGCCCAGGAGGUCACCGCAUAA